GCCAAACAGACAUCCUGAAGUGGUGGAUUUAUUUGCCAGGGAUAUACGUUCAUGUUGCAUCACUGAUCCAGUUACUCAUUCCGUGUCACGUUACAUCGUUCAAAAACCAGCUCUUCAUCCUGUCUUGUGCGCAAUUUAGUCAUCGCUGCUGGAGAGAAGUAGCGAACAGUAGAACGUGUUCGUUUACUAUUAUUUGCGUUGAACAGAGACUGAGGUAAUCGGCAGCAUGGCAUCUGAGAAGGGAAACCUUCCUAUGCUGGUAGCUGCGGCAGUUGUUUUUGUUUUCUAUUUUCGUGUUGUUGAAGCACAGACAUAUAAAGUCGUUUACAAAGAAAUCCCUGACAAUAGAGGUAAAGAGUUCAUCGUUGGUUUUUUGAGACAGUUCAACCAUGAACUGGAUGGUGCCACAAGACUGUUUAUAACCUCGGAUUACAACACAAGGGUUGUUAUCACGGCUAGACAUACGAACGUGCGUAAAGAGAUCCAAGUGAAAUCCCGUCAGUUAUAUCCCAUCGAUCUUCCGACUUCGAUUCGUAUGUCAGGCAAGAAGAUCGAAAACAAGGGCAUUCACAUUUUUGCAGAGUCCGAGAUCGUUGUUUAUGGUUUGAACAUAAAGAAAUUCACGACAGACGCAUAUCUUGCAUUGCCCGUGGAUAUUCAAAGCAAAAAGUAUUUGGUCACUUCUUUUAAGCCGAGUUACAAAUCCCUUAUUGGUAUUAUUGGCAUUCACGACCGUACUGUUGUUUUUGUCACCUUCAAGUUCGCGGGAAAGAAAUCUUAUUUCACGUAUAAAGGAGCAAAGUACAGGAGCGGUCAGACUCUGUCCAUCACUCUCAAUCGUCUCCAGACCUUUCAGGUUGCUCACACGAAAGAUAUGACCGGCACAGCUAUUUACUCAACUCGACCGAUUUCGGUGUUGUCUGGUAACGAGUGCGCUAAUGUACCAUCAGACAAGGGCUAUUGCGAUCAUCUUGUUGAGCACAUCCCUCCUGUGAAUACUUGGGGACAGCGGUUUAUCACUGCACCAUUGGCAGGUCGUACUGGGGGUGAUUUCUUCCGAAUUUUGGCAGCCAAUGAAAGCACAUCGGUGAGCAUCAAUGGUAAACACGUGCGGACGCUAAAGGAAGGGAAAUUUGUCCAAGUUGACGUGCCUUCGAACCGCUAUCAAUACAUCGAGACGAGCAAACCAUGCCUUGUAAUGCAGUUCAAUGCUCAUGAUACCCCUGUGGAACAGUACACGGCCCAAUAUACGAUCUCAACGCCAGAUCAAAAUGAAAAGUACUUCACAAGCUAUCUCAAUAUAAUCAUUAACACGAAGGAAAUUGAUGGUUUGCGUUUGGAUGGACGAACUCUCCGAAACGAGAAAUGGGUGCCUAUUUGGGGAACAACUCAUUCUGCUGCUCGUAUCAAGGUUUCGUUCGGUGUACAUCGUGUUAUACACGACUCGCCGAUUGUACCCUUUGCCGUAUUCUCGUACGGCUAUGCGCGCGCAGAUUCCUAUGGUUAUCCCGGAGGCUUGCGAUUGGCCGAUCUAACGCUGGAGUGUGUACCGGGAAAUCCCGGAGAUGGUUUGGAUAACGAUUGUGAUCGCAGGAUUGACGAGGAAAUUAAGAACUUCAUUGACGAUGAUGGCGAUGGUCGUAUCGACGAAGACUUGGUGACCGAGCCCCCGAAAAUAGUUCUCGAUGUCAAGGCUAUUAUUGCAAACGGCUGUCCAGAGGAAGUGAAGAAACAACUGAAAGAACCAACUGUCAUCUCUGCUCCCUUGUGUACCAGUCGUGGACGAAAUAAACUUAGCUACGUGGACACCAUGUACGAGAGAGAGUGCGUGCAGUAUAUCGAUAGAUUGUGGUUGGUGCGAGACGGUUGCGGGAAUCUCGCGAAUGUCACGCAACAGAUCAGGAUUAGACGACCCGAAAUGAGGGUUGUAUUUCCCAAAGAUGUUCGUGGAAAAUGUUCUGUUGGAGAGGACUUGUCCGUCGUUGGACAACCAUUAGUAACAAUGAGUUGUAAAAAGGAUCGAUUUGUAACCAAACAUCGCGACUCACCGUCUUUAACCGAGUGCGUUCGACGCGGACAAGUUGUUGGUAGGGAAUGGAUAGUGAAAGCAUCGUGUGGAAGUUCUGUUAAACACGUUCAAAAGUUCCUUCCAGAUGUAACUCCUCCAAAAGUGAACUUUAUUGGUAAACUUCAAUUCUUUGUGAAGAGCAAUUUCAGAAUCAGUUGGAACGCCAGCGAACCAUCCACUUUCACAUGUGCUUUGAAUAAUCUCAAGAACACCUUCCUGUGUGGAGAAGGCUGGGGAGAAACGUGGUCUCGCCGUGAUAUACCUGAUGGCAAGCACGUGUUCUAUGUUCGGCCUACUGAUCUUGCCGGCAACACUGGAGCGACCAUUAGUCAUCCGUUUCAAGUUGAUAAUCGUGGACCACGUUUGACUUUCGACAAAGCUUUGAAAACCCUAAGCAAUGGACCUAUGGCGAUCAAGUGGAUGUCAAAUGAAUUAGCCAGAUUCAAAUGCGGAUUGAAUCCAGAAAGGCUGGAGCAAUGUGGCUCUGGUACCCGGGGAAGGGAAUACAGACGCGAUCUUCGCGAUGGUACUUAUAGCUUAUAUGUUGGUGCCGUAGAUCAGAUUGGAAACGAGGCUAAAAUGAUAAAGCAUACGUUUAGAAUUGAUUCUACACCACCAAGAAUCAAGUUCGGUUCAUCGUCGCGUCUCGACUCAAACGUCGAUCUUCCUCUGUUGUCUAACGAAUGGGCGCGAUUCCUUUGUUCAAUAGAUGGUUCAGAAUACAGUGAUUGCGGUUCUGGGCUAAAUGGGAGAUUUACGGCCCGGGAUCUUGUGGAAGGUCCCCAUCAAGUUAAAGUUAAAGCGAUUGAUAAAGCUGGAAACGAGGCUGAUCCAAUUUCCUUGAAGUGGAAUUCUGACAAAACUUCACCAAACAUAAUAUUUACUCCCGGUUUACCGACCAAGUUUCGGGAAAUGCCUAAGAUCACGUGGACGUCCACUGAAUAUGCAAGUUUUGAAUGCUCGCUAGACGACAAUUCCGUGUUCAAGUCUUGUGGAGAGGGCAUAAAAGGCACGUGGACACAAUCGAAAUCUCGCGGGGGCUUUCACGAUUUCUUUGUUCGCGGCACGGACAGAAAUGGCAACGUUGGUCCCACUGCCAAUUUUAGAUUUACGAUUGAUAAAAAGUAUCCUAUCGUGUACCUAAAUCGACCUUUGCCCAGGACCUCUGGGAGUGACACGAUCACUUUCAGGUGGACUAGUAACGAGAUGGCUUACUACAAAUGCGCAUUGGAUGAUGUUUCUCGGCUCCAGGACUGCGGCAGCGGCUUACUUGCGGAUUGGACCACACCUACUUUGACCAAUGGCCAGCACACGUUUUAUUUGGUCGCAACAGACGAAGUUGGCAAUGAAGCGCCAAUGUUAAGUCAUACGUGGACUACAGAUAAAGUUGCUCCCGUCUUGGAGUUUACCGACAAUCUUCCCAACAACAGCAACGUGAAUGUUCAAAAAAUCCGUUGGACGUCGUCAGAAACUGCGAAGUUUAAAUGCUUUGUCGACUCCGAAACGAAUUCCAUUCCUUGUGGCUCAGGAAGGAGGGGAAGUUGGACUUCCCCUGAACUUUCGGAUGGCGUGCAUACGUUCAAAGUGUUUGGAACGGAUGAGAAUGGUAAUGUUGGAGAAACCAUUCAACACAUUUGGGAAAUUGAUACAAGAGCACCGGACGUUGAUUUUGCUACGGUACCCGAUGCAAUUAACAAUUCUAAGGCAUUAUUCAAAUGGAAAACGGAUGAACCGGCAAUAUAUAUUUGUGCUCUCGAUGAUGAUGAAGAUGGCAAUGAGUGUGGCGAGGGGAUAGAUGGGGAAUAUCUAACACCAACCCUCGCUGAUGGGGAACAUGAAUUUAGAUUAUUGGUCGAGGAUAUGGUGGGAAAUUUGGCACCUUUAAUCCGAUCGAAAUUUAGCAUCGACACAACAAAUCCUGUAAUAACCUUUGAUAAACCGGACCCUGAAAAGCCACAAAAAGAUCUCAGUGUAUCGUGGAAGUCUUCAGAAGAGGCCGACUUCGAAUGCAGUUUGGAUGACCCCACCCUGUACGAGCCUUGUGGUAAAGGAAAAACAGGGCUGUUCCAAAAAGAUGACUUGCCAGAUGGGGAACAUCGUUUUUAUGUAAGAGGAAAAGAUAAUGUUGGUAAUGUCGGAGACCCGAGUGUGUACACAGUGGUGACAGAUCGCUCUCCUCCAAGUGCUCAGUUCACUGAUAAGAUAAAGCCAAUCUCUAACAAUACGAGGGAGCGAAUCACGUGGUCUUCAAACGAGCCGGCUACAUUUAAAUGUAAGAUCGACGAACGACCAGAAGUUGACUGCGGAAAUCGUUUAAACGGAGAGUUUUUAACACCCGAUCUUCCCGAUGGUGACCACAUCUUCAAGCUAACCCCUGUUGAUGAAGCUGGUAACAAAGGAAGGACCAUUGAACGGAAAUGGACGAAAGAUACUUCCCCACCAAGUGUCAUUUAUACAAGUCAACCCCAAAACAAUUCGACGAACUCCGUACACUUUAAGUGGAAGUCAUCUGAAUAUGCGGAGUUUGAUUGUCUUUUGGAUGACGCGAGCACGAUAAUACCCUGCGGUAAUGGCACUGUUGGGGAAAAGAACUUGACUGACUUGGACCAUGGGCCUAGAAUAUUUUGGGUUCGUGGUAAGGACAGUGCCGGUAAUGUUGGCGAGUUUGUUCCUCAUCGUUGGUUAGUUGAUACAAAUCCUCCAGUGAUCGAGUUUACUGGAGAUUUGCCUUCCUACUCAAAGACAAGCUUAGUCCUUACAUGGAAAACAAACGAAGAUUCAAUGUUUGAAUGUGCUCUGGACGAUCCGAAAAAAUUCGAGGAUUGUGGAAACGGAUGGUUUGGACAACGACGGUUGACUAGUCUAACCGAAGGUCCCCAUACCUUCUACGUUCGCGCAAGGGAUUAUCUUGGAAAUAUUGUCGCCCCAAUCUCCCACUCGUGGAUUGUCGAUUCCAUUCCCCUCGGGCUGUUCUCGAAGCAGUCAGCCCCGUUGUUGGCACUCCCUACGUCACUCUCUCCUGGACUGCCGAUGAACGUUCGAAAUUUCUUUGCGCCAUUGGCGACGUGGGCAAUGUUAUCGAAUGUGGUCAAGGUACGAGCGGAAGUUGGACCACACCGUACUUACGAGAAGGUCCUCAUAAGUUUUGGUUGAUUGCUAGCGAUGACCAUGGUAAUCAAGCUGAACCCGUGAGCGUCGAAUGGACUGUUGAUAACAAAGCCCCAGUGAUCACCUUCUCUAAGGAUUCAACAGACAAGAGCGUGACGAGUAGUCCACGCGUGUCGUGGACAUCUGACGAGCAAGCUGAUACAUUUGAGUGUGCUAUAAAGGGUUUAACCUCUUUCGAACAAUGUGGGUCUGGCUUAAAAGGCUCAUGGACUGGUACAAACGUCCCGGAUGGAAAACACACAUUCUUAGUGCGUGCCCGCGAUGCUUACGAUAAUCAGAAUGAGCCAUAUAGUUUUCCAUUUGAAGUAGACACAACUCCUCCAACAGGUUUUGUAGUUACUGGUCCACCAAGACGUACCAACAAACCCGAGGCGACAUUUUCUUGGAGAACGAGUGAGGACGCAGAUUUCGAAUGUUACCUAAACAAUCAGGUCAACUCGACAAAAUGUGGCGAGGGAACCAACGGAUUUGUUACGACGCAACCCCUGGAGGAUGGAAAGCAUAAUUUCUCGGUCGUUGCCACUGAUGAUUUAGGGAACAAAGCCCAUGUCGUGAAUGCUUCCUGGACAGUAGAUACCACUGGACCCAAUAUCAACUUUGACUCCAAUCUUCCCAAGCACACGCUUGCAAACCCAUCGUUCACAUGGACAUCUGACGAGAUUGGUACUUUCCUAUGUGCUCUUGAUGGUGAGACAAACUGG